AUGCUAUCCCGGUCGGGUCUCCGGGGUGCCCGGCUGCGCGUUGUGAGCCUCACCUCACAACGCCGUCUUCUCAACCACUUCAUUACACACCCCCCCGAGCCAAUACCACCACCACCCCCACCGGCUCCGUCUUCUUCUCCCAGUCCAAAACAAUUCACUCUCGCCGUAAAAGACAACAUAGCCACCACAAUCCCAGGCCUCCCAACAACAUGCGCCUCCGGCAUCCUCUCCAAAUCUUACGUCUCCCCCAUCGAAGCCACAAUCAUUACCCAGCUCCGCGCCCGCGGCGCAGUGAUUACGGGCAAGACUAACCUCGAUGAGUUCGGCAUGGGAAGCCACUCGAUAUACUCCCACUAUGGUCCAGUAUCUCAAGACACCCCCCCAGAAACAUCAGCAGGUGGCAGCUCAGGAGGCAGCGCCGUAGCAGUAGCCAACGGGGAGGUAGAACUUGCUCUCGGGACAGACACGGGUGGAUCGGUAAGACUACCAGCGGCAUACACCGGUAUCAUCGGGUAUAAACCCUCCUACGGAAUGAUCUCACGCUAUGGAGUCAUUCCUUACGCCAACAGCCUAGACACAGUGGGCUUUCUCAGCAAGCAGAUCAACCCACUAAAGGAGUUGAUUAUUGGAGAGCGAGGGCUGUGGAAGGAACACGACAGCAAUGAUCCGACGAGUUUGACUACGGCGGCCAGGAAAAGAUGCGCUGCUCAGCGAAGGGGGUAUCGCAGCCGACAAGGUCAAACUACAGAGUUGGAAGGGCUGAAAUUUGGUAUCCCACUCGAGUACAACAUCGCCGAGCUCGACCCCGAGAUCCGGGAUGCCUGGGCUGCUGCUGCGAAGAGGUUACAAGAUGCCGGUGCUAGGAUCGUACCAGUGUCGCUGCCGACAACUAAACAUGCCCUCGCGGCGUACUACGUCAUUGCUCCGGCCGAGGCGUCUUCCAACCUGGCAAAAUACGACGGGGUACGCUAUGGAGCGAGGGACGCUGAGGGAGCAAGUGAUGCAUCAGCCGGAGGUGUUCUCUACGCCUCGACAAGAGGAAAGGGUUUCGGUGAGGAGGUCAAGAGGCGGAUCUUGCUGGGCUCAUAUACCCUCAGUUCAGAGGCGAUGGACAACUACUUUAUAAAGGCGCAACGAGUGCGGAGACUGGUGAGGAGGGAUUUCAACAGGGUGUUUGCGCUGGAGAACCCGCUGCAAGAGAGGGAGACGUUCGAGCUGAGUGAUCUGCCUGAGGAGGUGGAGAUGGAGGACAAAUGGGGACCGGAGGAGGUGGACUUUCUGCUGUGUCCUACAGCGCCGACAUUGGCUCCUAAGCUGAAGGGGGUGAUGGAGCAGCAGCCGGUGGAUGCGUAUAUGAAUGAUGUGUUUACUGUGCCGGCCAGCUUGGCGGGCCUGCCAGCGAUUAGCGUGCCGAUGAAGGUGGCGACCGAAGGAGCAGCAGGACUGCAGUUGAUCGGGCAGUACUGGGACGAUGCAAGGCUGCUGGAUGUUGCGGAUGCUGUGGCCAAGGAGGUCAGAACAUAA